AUGACAGAAAGUUCUGCAGAUGCUACUAAUACUGAGAAAGGCGUCAAUUUAGACUCCAAUAUUUUAAUAUCAGAUAGUAAGAGAAGAAGAAGUAAUAGGAAAGGAAGACAGGUAAGAGAAAGCAUAAACUAUUUGAAAAUAUUGAAAAGUAGUCCAACUAUAAUAGUGGACUGCAGUUUUGAUGACAAACACUCAGAUAGAAAUGUCAAAAGUUUAGUAGUCCAGUUAUCAAUAUCAUAUUCUGUAAUAAGAAAGUCUUCUUUACCUUUUACUAUGAUCAUUUGUGGAGUGUCAGAGCGUCUGAGGAAAGGCCUUACUAAAACUAAUGCAGAGAAGUGGCUUGGAGUUACAAUAACUCAAAGGAAUCUCGAUUUAGUAUUAAAAGAUUUUAGAAAUAGAAAUAUUGUGUACUUGUCUGCAGACUCAGAUGACCACUUGGAUCUCUCAUCAGAAGUGCGGUAUACUAGUGAUGACAUAUUUAUUGUUGGAGGGUUAAUUGAUCGGAAUAAAUAUAAAGAUUUAUGUAAAUACCGAGCUAUAGAAUUAGAGUUGAAGACAUCUCAUUUACCAAUAUCAGAAAGUGGUAUAAAGUUAAAUAAUAACUAUGUACUGGCAAUUAAUCAUGUGAUUGGGUCUUUGGUCAAGUACAACGAAUUUCUAGACUGGUCGAAAGCACUUAAAUAUAUUUUACCAAAAAGAAAGUCAUUGUAG